UAAUAAGGUCCGGCACAAAGAAAAACAAUAUAAUAGUGUGAACCACUAUAUGAGACUAGCCAAAGAAGAACAAUGCUCAACUACCUCCUAAUAAUUGCUUUGAAUGAUCAUUCAUUGUAAAUGCAAAUUAAACCAGGAAUCUGCCUUUUCCUAAGGAUUAGGAUAAUCCUAUUUGUGAUAUACUACAUUUUUUCAGUUCAUUAUUAUGUAGUAGUAGCUGAUUCCACGUGCAGAGAGGGCUGUGCCUUAGCUUUCGCUUCAUACUCUCUUCAUCGUGGUUAUUAUGACGAAUUUGUGUCCGACGUAUCCCGCCGGUUAUUCCCCGACGUAUCUGUCCCUGAAAUCCUUAGCUACAACCCUAGUUUCGUAAUUCCGCUUACUCAGGCUGAAGCCGACAUCAUAAUUAAGAUUAAAAUACCCUUCCGUUGUGACUGCCUUAAUAAUGGCGACUACUUGGGACACGUUUUUCCAUACAAUCUCCGCUCUGGGGAUACUUAUGGUAGCGUAGCGGCGGAGUAUUCCGGUUUGGUAACUGAGGAGUGGUUGAUGAGGGUUAACAGUUAUCCGUAUAAUAAUAUCCCGGUUAAUAAUGUAACGUUGAACGUGACAGUGAAUUGCUCGUGCGGGAACAAAGAGGUGUCUGAGGAUUAUGGGUUGUUCAUCACAUAUCCAAUCAGGCCAGGGGAAACUCUGGAGUCGAUCGCGUUGGCGACCGGUACAAGCUCUGAAUUGAUCCAAAUGUACAAUCCGGCGGUGAAUUUCAGUGCUGGCACUCGGCUGCUCUACAUUCCAGGCAGAGAUAAACAUAUCCACCUAUGCCAACCAGGUUCAUCAGGUAAAUUUAUUGCCGGAAUGGCAGUAGCAUCACUAGCUGGAGUUACAUUACUCAUAGGCAUCAUUUACGUGGGAAUUUAUAGAAAGAAGGCACAAAAGGUUGUACCACACAUCUCGGCAUUUGCUGAUCAAUCACAUCCAUCUGGUCAGGGCCUUUUGGGCAUAGCUGUGGAAAAAUCUGUUGAGUUCUCAUACAAAGAACUUGCUGAGUCGACUAAUGGCUUUAGCAUUUCUAAUAAGAUUGGAGAAGGUGGCUUUGGAGCUAUUUAUUACGCUGAGCUAAGAGACAAGAUAACAGCCAUAAAGCAAAUGAAAAGGCAAGCAAAAACCGAAUUUCUUACUGAACUGCAAAUUUUGACGCGCGUUCAUCACCUGAACCUGGUGUGCUUGAUAGGAUAUUGUGUUGAAAGGUAUCUUUUCCUUGUAUAUGAGUACAUUGACAAUGGUAAUCUAAGCCAACAUCUACGUGGGAGGGACACACUGCCAUGGUCAACGAGGGUGCAAAUUGCACUGGAUUCUGCCAGGGGUCUUGAAUAUAUACAUGAACACAGUGUCCCCGUUUGCAUUCAUCGUGAUAUUAAAUCAGCAAAUAUUCUGAUAAACAAAAACUUCCAUGCAAAGGUUGGAGAUUUUGGCUUGACGAAACUUGUUGAAAAUGGAAAUUCAACUUUGCCUACACGUUUUAUGGGUACAUUUGGGUACAUGGCACCAGAGUAUGGUCGUUCAGGAAUUAUCUCACCUAAAGUAGAUGUCUAUGCUUUUGGCGUUGUCCUUUAUGAAUUGAUUUCAUCCAAGGAAGCAGUAGUCAAGGAAGAUGGUGUAGAUGAUGCAAGAAGCCUUGUUGCUUUGUUUGAAGAAGCUCAUAAUCAUCCAAAUCCAAUUGAAGGCAUUUCCAGAUUGAUAGACCCCAAACUCGGCGAUAACUACCCCUUUGAUUCAGUCCACAAGAUGGCACAACUUGCUAAAGCUUGUACAGAGAAAGAUCAUCAAAUGCGUCCAACUAUGAGAUCAGUAGUGGUUGCGCUUAUGGCAUGUUCAUCAUCGACAGAGGAUUGAUAAUUUGAUGUUCUGGUUUGGUCCUGCACUGUUUCAUGAAGAAGUAUUUCUUGAAAUCAAGAGCUUAAUUUCGACUUCUUUUAAAGAUGUUCAGAGAAAUAUUAAGAAAAAAUCUAGUAUUUGACUUCUCAGAUAGUUAUAAUCAAUCUUUUUUGGGACAACGGAAGUACAAUUACACAAUCAUUUAUGAUAUUCUAGUUAUACUUCCAUUUACAAGUUUAUCUUAACAAUGCUCUCGUCAGUCGUCGGAAUUGAGGCAUUCUCAAUUAGUUGAUAUGUGGCUAAAUGACCAGUGGCUAAAUAUGUAACACUCACAUUAGCUUCAA